AUGUCGGUACCGCUGCUGAAGAUCGGGGCCGUGCUCAGCACCAUGGCCAUGGUCACUAACUGGAUGUCGCAGACGCUGCCCUCGCUCGUGGGGCUCAACGGCACCGUGUCCCGCGCGGGCGCCUCCGAGAAAAUCACCCUCUUCCAAAGCCCAGAGGAAGGCUGGCAGCUGUACACCUCAGCCCAGGCCCCCGACGGAAAAUGCAUCUGCACGGCUGUGAUCCCUGCGCAAAGCACCUGCUCCCGAGACGGCCGGAGCCGGGAGCUGCGGCAGCUGAUGGAGAAGGUUCAGAACGUCUCCCAGUCUAUGGAGGUUCUUGAGUUGCGGACGUAUCGGGACCUCCAGUAUGUGCGCAGCAUGGAGACCCUCAUGCGGAGCCUGGAUGCACGGCUCCGGGCAGCCGACGGGUCCCUCUCAGCCAAGAGCUUCCAGGAGCUGAAGGACAGGAUGACAGAGCUGUUGCCGCUGAGCUCGGUCCUGGAGCAGUACAAGGCAGACACACGGACCAUCGUGCGCCUGCGAGAGGAGGUGAGGAAUCUCUCCGGCAGCCUUGCCAGCAUCCAGGAGGAGAUGGGUGCCUACGGCUAUGAGGACCUGCAGCAGCGAGUGAUGGCCCUGGAGGCCCGGCUCCACGCCUGCGCCCAGAAGCUGGGCUGUGGGAAGCUGACCGGGGUCAGUAACCCCAUCACCAUUCGGGCCAUGGGGUCCCGCUUUGGCUCCUGGAUGACGGACACGAUGGCCCCCAGCGCGGACAGCCGGGUCUGGUACAUGGAUGGCUAUUACAAGGGCCGGCGUGUCCUGGAGUUCCGCACUCUGGGAGACUUCAUCAAGGGUCAGAACUUUAUCCAGCACCUGCUGCCCCAGCCGUGGGCCGGCACCGGCCAUGUGGUGUACAACGGCUCUCUGUUCUACAACAAGUACCAGAGCAACGUGGUGGUCAAGUACCACUUCCGCUCUCGCUCCGUGCUGGUGCAGCGGAGCCUCCCCGGGGCAGGCUACAACAACACCUUCCCCUACUCCUGGGGUGGCUUCUCGGACAUGGACUUCAUGGUGGACGAGAGCGGGCUCUGGGCCGUGUACACCACCAACCAGAAUGCAGGCAACAUCGUGGUCAGCCGGCUGGACCCGCACACCCUGGAGGUCGUGCGCUCGUGGGACACUGGCUACCCCAAGCGCAGUGCCGGCGAGGCCUUCAUGAUCUGCGGCGUGCUCUAUGUGACCAACUCCCACCUGGCCGGGGCCAAGGUCUACUUUGCCUACUUCACCAACACGUCCAGUUAUGAGUACACGGACGUGCCCUUCCACAACCAGUAUUCCCACAUCUCCAUGCUGGAUUACAACCCCCGGGAGCGGGCCCUCUACACCUGGAACAACGGCCACCAGGUGCUCUACAACGUCACCCUCUUCCAUGUCAUCAGCACCGCCGGGGACCCCUAG